GACGACGAGGCAUUUGCAACUCAUUGUAGAACUGACCAAACUUUUACUCGAAAAAUUGUACUCUAGUUUGGCAAGAGGAAGAACUAUCGAAUAUCGAGCAUCGUUAAUCAUUGUUAAUCAUUGUUAAUUGUUGCGUGAAUUAAUCAGUAUCAGUGUGCAUUGAUGUUUUACCAAGUGAAUAACUGUGAAUAAAAAUAAAAUUGUGAAUAACAUAUAUUAUUAUGUUAGCCAAUAAUUAAAACUAAAUGAUCCACAUCUGAAGAAUGCUGCUAGAUUAUCACGUCCCAUUGCGUUAAGAAGAUCAGUUCUCAUAAAGUGAGUUUAUUCGUAUGCGCAUAUAUGAAUACUAUUUUGCCGCAUGCGUAUGCGAACCUUGAACAAAAUCACGUGGUCCUGGACCGGUUUCCGUGGCAACUAUGACUUAUCGAUUCACCUAGGCGUCAAUAGGCGUCGUAGGGUGACCAAGCCUACGGUGCGGUAGAUAAUGGGAGGACUCGGUUCCCCUUGCUGCGAAAGGAUUUCGUAGAAUAAUGAGGAACAACGCUCAAGGACGUUCAAGAUUGUUUGCAACUACGCUGCACGGAGAUGUGGAAACAAGAAGAUUUUAUUGAAAUUAUUCUAUUAGACAAGAAACAAAUUUGUAUCACGGACACAGAGAAACUUGGUGACUUCAUCAACGGCGUUUUUCUGAAGCAGCAAAUUUACUAGUGACCUAUAUAUGCAGGCUAGAUAAUUAAGGAUUAUUAAUAUUUGUGGAAGAGACAAACAGAUGAUUAGAAAGUAAAGCAAUAAAAUGAAAGACAAAGGAAAGAAAGAAAAGUAGGAUGAAAGUCGAUUGACUUGAAAAGUCGAGUGAAAGUCAAAAGUAAAUAGUCUGUCAAUAGUAGAGAAACACACGGAGAUUAGACGACAAUUUUCGAUUUAUAAAUGCAUGAGAAAAUAAGAAUGUAACAUAAAAAGACUUGGAACAAGAACAAGGACAAGAGAAGGGUUUGCACGUAGAUGUAAUGCCAGAUUAGAUCGAUCGACUGAGAGCGCUAGAAACACAAAUAUAUCCGGAAUAAAAAAGAACACCUACGACGAGGAAGAUCUAGGAAUGCUAAACGUGGACCGUGCCAAGCGUGUGAUUGUUCGGUGCUGCUCGACGCAGAACACGCUGCUGCACGUGCCACCGGAGCACAGACGCUUCCGACGUAUCCACGGUCUACAAUUGCCGCUGCAUCCCCAGCAAGUGAUCGGUUGGGUGCUGUUGAUCGUCGUGUUCACCGGCACAUUCGUCGUGCUGCUGACGACGCCGCCACCGUUGCCGGCAAACUUGCGCUUCGUUCUCACACCGCUCUUCGCCACGCUGUUCCUGCUGCACGCGUUGACGCAUCUGACAGUGCUGUUGCUGGAUCCGGCGGAUUCGGAGGUGCGCGCUCAGCCUGCCAAUCAGGUUGUGCCGGAGUUCGACCGUGCGCUGCACCGACACGUGAUCGAGAACGGCCGGUGCCACCUGUGCAACAUUACGACGCGCGGCCAGCGCACGAAGCACUGUUCCGUCUGCAAUAAGUGCGUACCGCGCUUCGAUCACCACUGCAAGUGGCUGAACCAUUGCAUCGGCGGCCGCAAUUAUCCGGCUUUUCUCGCGUGUCUAGCCUCGACGCUCGUCAUCGCACUCGGGGUCACAGCGCUCGCUGUGAGUCAACUGGUGCUCGUCAACACAAAUCUGAUCGUAAGCGACCAACAUUCAGGAGGUAACAGCAGCGACACAAGCAUGAACAACGUCACGGCAUCGUCGCCAUUAUGGCCGGCACCUGGCACCGGCUCGCUCGUCCUCGUCACCGUCGUCGGCGUUCUCUCGGCCAUCGCCGCGGUUCUGCUUAUACAUCUCUGCUUCUUCCACGGCUACAUCGCCUGCCUCGGCCUUACCACGUACGAGUAUGUGCGUAACAAGCGAGAGAAGAGCAUUGCCUCUGACGGUGUUGCCACCGACAACACCAGGACAGCAUCUUCCGACGACGGUACGCCAAGUCUCUUCUGCAGGAAUAAUCCGUUAUUCGGAGAUGAUAUAGGCACAAUGACGAGAGUGACGACGGCGACGACAGACGUGUACGUCCGUUCGACCCACGAGGAAAUGUGUGUCGGCAAAGACGCCGCGGAGAACGGCGAGGACGUUUUCCCAAAAACGCUGCCCUCGACGAGAGUCAGCCGAAACUUCCGUCUCUGUUUCUCGUACGAUUCGCGCACCACCGAGACUUCCAUCGAGGUCUCUUCCUUGCCUUCGCGAACGACGGAUGUGUCGGAAUUGAAGAAUCAUGUGGAAUCGCCGGACGCAAAGUCUUCUUCCACGCCAUCACCGGUGUCCUGCUGUUUUUCUAUCAUUAACCAUCCCGACAGCAGGCACGACAGAAAUCGGAAGCGUUCCGAAACUACGAAGCGCUCCUGCGGAACGAUGAGAAGGAUACAGACGUUCUUACAAGCUCGCUUGAGAAAAAAUUCCAGACAAAGAUCAUCGACGACGAUCUCAUCGUCGGCGGCCCAUCGUCAUUGCGGCAACAGAAUAAUUCCGCAGGCGGCCGGUUCUCCGGACGUCGCGGAUCCCGCCGAGCGUGAGAACCAGAUCGUCGAGACACUGACGAUGCCACUGAACCUUGACCCACGUCUGCCAGCGAGGUUGCCUGCUCUAGAGCUUCCGCGUGCUGUCCAGAUCGGUAAAGUACCUCCAGGCCCGGGCGACAUCUCCAUUCUCGGGCUGACCAUGACACCGUCCACCGCAAUGUCCAAGUGGAAUCAAACUCACCUUCGCACUCGGCGAAGCACGAGCUUCUCCAAGAAAAGGCCACGUUUCAAGGUCGGCUCGCACAUCGUCACGCAGACCGUCGCCCAACUGUCGCCGAUACCGGAAUCGGAAUUCUCGAAACCGGCCACGCCGAGAUCGCCGUCGCGAUCGGGCCCCGCCUUUGUCUUCCCGCCGUUACGCGAGUAACAUUAUCAGCAACGCCGUACCGAGAUAAUGACCGAGACCACGGAAUCGUCCGACAAGACGAAUUCCUCGAGGAAGCCCAACGUCUGGGAAAAUCUAGGUUCACCCCGCUGCAU